AUGAACCCUGCCCCCGCGGAGCACCUGGACACGGCACCGCUGCCCGUGCUGACUGCGGACUACCUCCAGAAGACAGAUCAGCGGCACCAGUCGCGGACAGAGAGGUACAGGUGCUUCCCUGCCGCCAGCAUCUCCAUCGUUUGUCGCGGCGUCAGGAUCUCCGUCGUCACCAUCCUCAGCUCAUCGGCCUACACCAGUAGCCGUGACAGCGCGGCCUUGUACCUCGGCGUCCGCGUCGACGCAGCAAUCGUCCUGAUCAGUGCUUUUUAUUCCUCUGGCAGGAACCAGAAGACAUUCCGUCCCAAGAAGAGCGCUCCAUCAGGCAGCAAGGGAGCGCAGCUCGAAAGCUUUAUAGAUGCCACUCUCGGCAGUGGAAACCUUAGGGAAGCUGUGAGGUUGCCUCCUGGAGAGGAUAUCAAUGAAUGGCUUGCUGUGAAUACUGUGGAUUUCUUUAACCAAGUUAAUCUGCUGUAUGGCACACUCACAGAAUUCUGCACACCUGAGAGCUGCCCGACAAUGACAGCUGGCCCAAAGUAUGAGUACAGAUGGGCUGAUGGUGUGCAGAUAAAGAAACCCAUAGAGGUAUCCGCACCAAAAUAUGUGGAGUAUCUGAUGGAUUGGAUUGAAGGCCAGCUUGAUGAUGAAUCCAUAUUCCCUCAAAAACUUGGCACACCAUUCCCGCCAAACUUCAAGGAAGUAGUAAAGACAAUAUUCAAGCGCUUGUUUCGUGUCUAUGCCCACAUCUACCACUCUCAUUUCCAGAAGAUUGUUAGCCUUAAAGAGGAGGCCCAUCUCAAUACCUGUUUCAAGCACUUCAUUCUGUUUACAAAUGAGUUUGGCCUGAUUGACAAGAAGGAGCUGGCUCCACUCCAGGAGCUCAUUGAAUCCAUCAUCGUUCCUUACUGA